UUUUUCGCACAUUUUGAUUCUAGACGUUGUGGAGUUGAGUGCGAAAACCAACUGAGUUUAACAGAAGUGAUCGAGUGCGUGGAAGCGUGAGAUCCAGUCUGACAUUCAACUCGAUUAGUUACUAAUAAUAUCAGUUCGUUUUUGUAUCAAUUUAUAAGCUUAGAUGCGAGUCAUGAAUUCAUUCAUUCCUAUUUUACUUGGAGUGUUUGUGUGUGCUUCAGUGUCACAAGCCCAAAGCGCGUGUAGAACACCGGUCCGCGAAGCUGGAAAAUGUGUUCCUAUAACAGAGUGCUCUCUUCACAUGGAUAUUUUAAAGAACUCACCAAAACCUCUCCCAUCAGAUAGAAGGAAGUACAUAAUGGAUAGCUACUGUGACGUUAGAAACAACGUGUAUAUUGUAUGCUGCGCCGCAAGGCACAGAAUAUCAAAUGGUGGUGGUGGAACUACAACAUCAGUUAUAAUGGACCCAGACGAUGGCAGUACCGAUUAUAGCCGACAUCCCUCUGCACGCCUAUUAUCAGAAUCGAAUUGUGGAAAAAUUCCAGAUGAUAGAAUAUCCUUCGGCAAUGAUACAGCUUUAGCGGAGUUUCCCUGGGUUGUUCAACUGCAAUAUGAUACAUCCGAAGGAUUGCAGGCUCGCUGCGGUGGAACACUCAUAAGCAAAAGAUACGUUUUAACUGCAGCGCAUUGUGUUACUAGGAUCAGAGAUCCAGUGGUCUCGGUGCGGCUGGGAGAACACGAUACUAGCAAAGAUCCAGAUUGCGAUGAAAUUGAAUGCAUGCCACCAGUUCAGGAUAUCCCUAUCGAAGAAAUAAAAUUCCACCCCCAAUUCAACCAGCCCCGCUUUAGUAACGACAUUGCAGUUCUCCGCCUGCGCUAUGAUGCUGAUCUAACAAGAGAUAGUAUUCAUCCAAUCUGUCUUCCAAUUACAAAAGAUCUACAGAAUACCCCUCUCAAUCGCGUGGUGAUAGCUGGUUGGGGGUUAACAGAAGAGAGAAAGGCGGCAGUCAUCAUGCAAAAAGCAACCAUCGCCAUUGUUCCAAACGAAGAUUGCCAAAUGCUAUAUAAAAGGACUACACAAAUUACAGGAGCUCAGUUAUGUGCUGGUGGUGAAAAAGGAGUGGACAGCUGCAAAGGAGAUUCAGGCGGUCCAUUGUUUUUCACAGGUUCUGUAAAAGGAAUCAGAUAUGUUCAAUAUGGAGUGGUAUCGGCUGGUAUUGGUGAAUGUGGGGACAUAGAAUCAAUUCCUGGGGUCUACGCUCGUGUUUCGUUUUACAUGAAAUGGAUAUUAGAUCAAAUGAGACCCUAACUCACACACGCAUUGAUUGCCUUCAUCCUUGCCAUACCCUUCUGCGCCACAUUUUAGUAUUUACAUAUAUUUAAAAUAUAUUACAUAAUAAAUAAUAAUAAAAUAUACACACAUAGAAAUAUACUUUAAAUAAAUAAACAUGUAUUUAUUUUAUUUGGUUAAGUAUUAAAUAUUUUUAUAUAGCUUGUUUUGCUACCGAAAAAUUGUACGAAUGCAUAGUCAUGUAAUAAAAAUGUUGACUGUUUUUUUUAUAAAAAUCGUUAAUCGUCAUUUUUUAGAAAAAAAUUUUCGUAAAAAUUUAUUUGGGUUCUAAGUUAAUUUUUAUUAUAAAAAAAAUUCUUCACUAUUGCUCUUGUGAGAAGUUAUCUUAAAAAGGUCAAAAUUUAGAAAUUAUCUUAAAGAACUUAAAUUCGAUAUCAUUUGUAUCAUGUUCGAUGGAUCAGCGUAUUAACAUAAAGUACUUCAUAACACAAUUCAAGCACUUGAAUAAUCGUCGGUUCCACUUCACCAUCUGCCUUUAGACUUUUAGGAUGUCAUAUAACAAUUAAUGCUGAUCAAUCAA